AUGUUUGUUUCUAUCCAGCUCAGGCUUUCGGCGCAAGCACCCACACCACGUGAAUUCGGGACCCCCAACAGGAUAUCAGAUGCGGAUUCAGUUGUGGAGGCUCGGUCCGCGUUUGCUAACUUGAGGCACCUAUGGCGUCAGAAUGGUUUAUCCCUGAAUCUGAAGGGACGUGUGUAUCAAGAUACAGUACGGGCUGUUUUGUUGUAUGUCUGUGAGACUUGGCCUAUUCGAGCAGCGGACCUGAGACGUCUUCAGGUGUUCGACAAUCGUUGUCUCAUAACCAUAGCUCGUGUGGGUUGGUGUCGGCGAAUCCGUAACGAGGGAGUUAGAAAGCGUGUUUUCGGUUGUGUAACGGGUACUUCCAUUGAAGAAUGUGUCCAGCACCAGAAGCUGCGUUGGUUGGGACAUGUGUUACGUAUGCCGAACCAUCGUUUGCCGAAGAGAGUGCUGUUUUCCAUGCCCAAUUCGGAGUGGCGUAAACAGAGAGGUGGCCAACCCUUGACUUGGCAGAGGAGUAUGAAGGAGAUCACGAAACGCUUGGGUGCUGUCGGUGCUACUCGCCUUCCAGGAUGGGGACCGCGUGAUCCUCACUGUGUCUGGUUUGAGACACUACAAGAUAUGGCUGCCAACCGAUGUCAGUGGCGUUCUUGUUGUCAGUUUCUGUCCAGAUUGCCUGAAAUAAUAAAAAAUCGUUCAGCUGUCGCACCCUUUCAAUGCCUAGCUGCCAUUCCAACGGAAGGAGCUAUGAGGGCUGGAAUACUGCCAGGUCGCAUAAGCGUAGACAGGUGCAGUCGGAAUGCUGAGUUUGGGUCCGAACCACUAACCUUCCGGUCCGCUGGUGCCCUAAUCACUGAGCUAUCUGGAGCUGAAACCAUGGAGUGUUUGAUGUUAUUUUGCACUGCUGGGAACAUGUCACUUUGUCAACCCUGCAAGAUCCCAUUUAGCAAAGAACACCGGAAGAAUUGGAAUGCGUACAUAGAUGCAAUUGAAGGAAACUGGGAAGAUAGAUACCAGCCAUACGACUAUUACAGUGAACUCCGGCACCGUCCUUAUUGUUGUCCAUUGAAAAAGGGGUCAUUUUGCCGACUAAAUCUUUUGAUGGAACCCAGGAAAGAUCCUAAGAAAUUGUACGAUCUGACGUGUGGGAAGCAUGAGUUCAUUGAACCAAUGUUUUGCAACGACGCCAACGGCCAUCGGUGUUGCAACGAAACACACUGUAAUAUUCCCACACCCGAUGAACUUAGUAUACUCCUUGAGAAACCUCCUUAUAGUAUCUACAUGAUUUUGGUAUGUGUGUUGGCUGUGUUCUGCAUCAUCCUUUGCUGCAUUCUGGUGGCGUGCUGUUGCCGAUCUCGUCAAAAACUAGGUCGGCCGCGUGGAAAUACAUCGAAAUGGGACGCUGAAGCAGUUCACAGUCAAUUGAUGGCUGAGUGCAUGGUGACUCCUGACUCCAGCAGCUUUCAAGGGAACGCCAAAAACUUUUCAUCCAUACCUACGACCGCUGUUUUGCCGACUGCAGUGGCACCGAACAGCUGUCGUACAGGGAACGGGGGAAGUAGCCUUAGUUAUAUGGGCAGUAGUGGCGUUGGUGCUACAACACUCACUCCUUUGAAUACUGGCUCGUACUCAGCAUCUCCCGGUGGAGCACCUCCGUUUACGAGCACCGGUGGAAGUUCUGUCGCCCCAACGCUUCGUGAACUGCUUGAAGAGACAUGUAGUGGGUCUGGUUCGGGGGUAGCUCUUCUAGUUCAGCGCACUGUGGCACGUCAGAUACAACUGGAAGAACGGAUUGGCGAGGGAAGGUAUGGUGAAGUUUGGAGGGGUGUGUGGCAGUGUGACCAGGUAGCGGCUAAGAUUUUCUCCAGCCGUGAGGAAUGCUCGUGGUUCCGCGAGACGGAAAUCUACCAGACCGUUAUGUUACGUCACGCGAACAUUUUGGGUUUCAUCGCGGCUGACAACAAGGACAACGGGCUUUCAACAGAGCUAUGGCUAAUCACUGAAUACCACCCAUUGGGCUCUUUGUUUGACUUUUUGCAUGAACACUGUUUUCUGCCUCACGCACUGGUUCGUGCUGUGGCGUCGAUCGCCAACGGUCUUUCUCAUCUACACAUGGAAAUUACCGGGACUCAAGGUAAACCUGCAAUUGCACAUCGUGACCUGAAAUCUAGAAAUAUCCUGGUCAAACUGGAUGGGGAAUGUUGCAUCGGUGAUUUGGGUUUCGCACUAAAACUGGAUUCAAGUCUGAGCUCUGUUGUUGAUCUGCCCGCCCACUCGGAUCGUGUCGGAACUAAGCGGUACAUGGCUCCAGAAGUGCUGGACAAUAGCAUCCGCCAUACCACCCCAGAGGCGUUCAAACAAGCGGAUAUUUACAGUUUGGGCCUCAUAUUCUGGGAAAUGACGAAACGAGUUUGGGUCUACGGCCUAUUCGGACCCGACGAGUAUCAACUCCCAUAUCAGGAUCUGGUGUCGCAAGACCCGUCCGUGGAGGAGAUGAAGUCCAUUGUCUGUGAACAGGGCCUGCGCCCAGUCCUACCAACAGUAUGGUCGAAUCACCAAGUGAUCGCUGCACUUCAAGAUGUCAUGAGUGAAUGUUGGUAUGCUAGUCCAACGGCCAGAUUGCCAGCAAUGCGCGUGAAGAAAUCUCUGGCUGCGUUGCGUAGAAAACUUGAUAUGAAUCCUAGUCUCUCGGUUUCACCCCCGUCCGUACUGAUCCCUCCAGAAGCCACACAAGGACUCCCAACCGGUGUGAUAUAUUUCCCCCUAACCGUACAAAAACAACCUGUUGAGAAGAUGGCGCAAAAUAUGUUGGAAAAAAGCCCAAAGAGUCAUCAAAGCUCCUCCGUGGAUGUGCAUUCAGAAGUGAAAUCAUCUGGGUCUGAGGGUCGAUCCAACCAUGACAUCCUCAACUGUGUUUCGGGGACUAAGUCCCUUGUGGUUAGUGGCUCACCGCUAGCUGAACGAAGACGUCUUCUGGGGGAUUCAGAGCAACCCAACGAAACGAAGCAAACUGCGUGAUUUACUGGAACUUACCGUGAACAUCAUCCCUAGUUCCACACACUGAUCUCGUGAUCGUAACAGUGAUGGGCCUCUAUUGUCGUCAGGUGCGAUCGACUUACCGAAAUCCGAAAAGUUCUUGCCGUCGAUUCUUCCGCACCUCACCUGCUGUACUCGACCACUUCAUCUGCGGUCCCCAGUUGCAUUUCCUCCUCAUCCGUUUACCGAAAACCCACCACAUUGUCUCUCAGUUUCCUGCUUCUGUGAGCGAUUCGGCGCCUGUGUAAGCCCGGUUCUUUCACCCCGUCCCCUGCGCAAAUGUAGACAUUGGUGCGCUUCUGAUGACCUAAAUAUCAUUCCUCAGAUCUUGUUCGAAUCGGCUUUAUUGCUGUUGUGAUAUUUCGAACCCAACCGGGGAAUCGUCUCUUCUCUGCGGCCUAUGCGUUUGUCCUACCAGUCUGAUUGCAUGAUAUGCUCCUUUUGAAAAUCGGCAAAACGGCAUUUGUUCGUCUGUUUGUUCGUUAUUUGUUCUUGUUUGCACACGCGUGCGGAGGCAAAUAGACGGAACAACCCAAAGAGAGACAGACAGAGUGAUGCACUGGUCUAUGAAGUCAGUGAUUAUUUUCGGAUAAUUCAUUUUUUCGUAUUGUAGCCUUACUCAAUGGGCCAGUGAUCAUUGCCUAUUUGUAUUCCUGCAUAACACAUGGUUUCGAUUGCUUGCGCGCGAACUGAAUUCACCAUGACCAGGUGCAUACUUGCCCGUUUAGCCCACCCUAAUGAAGGACUGAUCAUCAACCUCGAUCUCUUUUCAUUUGGCGCCUUUCUACUGUCAUUGUCAUUCUUGCCAGCAAGUGAGCCCUUUUUGUAGUUUUUGUCUCUUUCACACGCCUUGUGUCUUUGUAAUCCCAUCCUGUUCACAGCACACUUCCGUGCUGCUACUUCUGUUACAUACUUAGUCAUCGAUUUUUUGGGUUUCACCUGUGUGAGCUUGCGAAUUGUACAAACUUUCUUUCACGCUGUUCCUGGUU